UGAAUAAUCCAUCACUCCUUUGUCUGGUGAAUUGUGUUCAUCUUUAAGGAAAUGGGAAGGUUAAUAAGGUCUUUCCAAAUCCUCUGCCUUUCCUUCAUGUUGUUACGGUUUCGAGUCCAAAGCUCCUCACCUUCUCAAUCUUCUCCAGAUUCAUCGCCACUUUUGUGCCGUUCUGAAGAGCGUUCUGCAUUGCUUGAUUUCAAAACCACUAGUUACGCCUAUUGUGGUACAACAAUACAAACUUGGAACGAGAGUAAAGACUGCUGCUUUUGGGAGGGCAUCACAUGCGACAAGAUGGAAGGUCACGUGAUUGGCCUCGAUCUCAGCUGGAAUUGUCUUAGAGCCAAUCUAACUACAAAUAGUAGUCUCUUCCGGCUUGAGAAAUUGCAGACCCUCAACCUUGCUUACAACGAUUUUAGCUUCCCCAAUCUCUCUUUUGGGUUCGACCGUUGGAAGAGUUUGACAUAUCUUAAUCUUUCAGCUUCGGGAUACAUGGAUGGCUCUCUCCUGUUUGAUGAGAUCUUCUUGCUACCGAAAUUGGUUUCACUCGAUCUCUCUUCUAAUGACGGUUUGCUUCUUGACAACAUAAAGUUUCAAAUGCUUGUGCAUAACUUAACAGAAUUAAGGUUUCUUAUCCUUGAUUCUGUGAAUAUGUCUCUGGUUGUGCCUUCUUCCUUGCUAAACUUGACUUCUUGCUUGGAGCAUUUGAGCCUUUUCUCUUCUAAUUUGCAAGGAACCUUUCCAAGCCAAGUUUUUCAGCUCCCAUCUCUCCAGCUUCUUGAUUUAAGCUACAACUCUAAUUUAAGAGGCAAUUUGCCUGAGUCAAACCAGAGUAGUACCCUUGAGUAUUUGAAUCUUGCAAGCACAAACUUCUUAGGAGAGUUGCCUCAUUCAAUUGGAAAUCUUAAACUCCUGAAAGAAUUGUAUCUUGAUAGCUGCCAAUUUUAUGGAUCCAUUCCUAGAUCUCUUGCAAAUCUCACAGAGAUAACUCAACUAGAUUUUUCUUCCAACCAUUUGCAAGGGCGAAUACCAGAUGUUUUUGGAAAAAUACACAAGCUAACUGAUUUGAGAUUAGAUGCAAACAAUUUUGGUGGUGAAAUACCUGCGUCAAUCUCCAACCUCACCCAUCUUACUUUGUUGUCACUAUCAUCAAAUAAGCUAUUAGGUCGUGUACCAUCUUGGUUGUUUUCUCUGCCUUCUUUAUCCUCUUUAGACCUCCAAAACAACUCCCUCACUGGACCUAUUGAUCAUGUUGAGAUGCCCAAUCUCAUUUUACAAAAUGUCAAUUUGUCCAAUAAUGAGAUAAGUGGUUCAAUUCCUAGCUUCUUCUUUGAUCUUGUGCAUCUUACUACAGUCAACCUUUCCUCAAAUAACUUAACUGGCACCAUUACACCCCAUAUGCUUUCAAAGCUUGUAGACCUUGAAGAUCUUGACCUCUCCAAUAAUAAUUUGCUGUCUUUGAGCAAUAAUGGCACUGUUGUCAACAAUUCCAUUCUUCCAAGCCUCCGGUCUUUAACACUCUCUUCUUGCAACAUGCACAAGUUCCCAAGUUUCUUAAAGAAGGCAGAGAAAUUGCAAGAAUUGGAUAUUUCCAAGAACAAGAUUUCUGGUCAAAUUCAUAAAUGGGAAAUAGAAGGGAUGUCAUUGUCCAAAUUAGACCUUUCUUAUAACUUCUUGACUGGUAUAGAUUUAUUUGGUUUUGGAAAUCUUCAAUAUGUUGACCUCAGAUCCAACUUACUACAAGGAUCACUUCCCAUUCUAUCAACAACUUGGCAUUCCAUGCAACAACUCUUCAUUUCAGGGAAUAAUUUGACUGGCGAAAUCCCUUCUUCUUAUUGUAAUUUUACUUCUCUUAGAUUUCUAGUCUUAGCUAAUAAUAGCUUAGAAGGAAAAAUUCCAGAAUGUCUUGGAAACUUGAGUCAUCUCUACAUCUUGGACCUGCAGAUGAAUAAGUUCCAUGGUAGGAUUCCAAAUUUAUUUGUGAACAACAGUUCCUUGUUAACUCUCAGCCUAAAUGGCAACAAGUUGGAAGGGAUACUGCCACGGUCUUUGGUUAAUUGCAGACAGUUGGAAAUUCUAGAUGUAGGGAACAACAACUUAAAUGAUACCUUUCCAGAUUGGUUAGGUGUUCUUCCAUUGCUAAAAGUUCUCAUCCUUCGAUCUAAUCGAUUUUAUGGUGCCAUCAGCAAUCCUAUGCCUGUAUUUUACUUCCCUCAAUUGACAAUCAUUGAUGUUGCACAGAAUGAUUUUAUGGGUCUCCUACCGAGUAACUAUUUCAAAAUUUUGGGAGGUAUGAGAGAUGUAGCUUAUAAAGACAAACUCAAAUACAUUGGUGAUGUGGAAUGUUUAGCAAAGGAAGGCUGCCUAGAUUUGAGUGUUUUUUAUAAGGAUUCUGUGAAGGUAGUAAUGAAAGGGUCAGAGAGGGAGCUUGUAAGGAUCUUGAAAAUUUUCACAACUAUAGAUUUCUCAAGCAAUAAAUUUCAUGGACCGAUUCCUAACGAACUAGGAGAACUCAAUUCACUUAUAUUACUAAACUUAUCUCACAACAAUCUCAAUGGUCAAAUCCCAUCAGCAUUGGGGAAAUUAGCAGAACUCGAGUCAUUAGAUCUCUCAUCAAACAAGCUUGUGGGCAGAAUUCCAGAGCAAUUGACAAACCUGCUGUUCCUAUCAGUUUUGAAUCUUUCACACAAUGAACUUGUGGGCCACAUACCUGAAGGCAAGCAGUUCAGUACUUUCUCAAAUGAUUCCUACAUUGGGAACUCUGGGUUGUGUGGAUUCCCAUUGACAAAGAAAUGCAAAGAACCAAGACCACCUUCAUCACAAUUUGAUGAAGAAGAUGAUUGUAUAGCAGUCUUUGAGUGGAAGUUUGCACUGGUAGGCUAUGAGUGUGGACUGGUGUUGGGACUUAGUUUGGGAUACAUUGCCUUCAUUACAGGGAAGCCAUGGUGGGUAGUGAAGAAAGUGGAGAAAUAUCAACAGAAAUUAGUUGGAAGGUGCAGCCAAAGUCAUAAGUAGAGAAAAAUCCAAAAACCCAACCAACGGUGUUAAGUGAGUGCAAGCAGGUGCGGAAGAUCUGGCAACAGUUGCUUCUUGAGCUUCUUUCCAUCUUUUUCAUGUUCAUUGUUGAUAUAUAGUUGUAUUGACCUGUGUGGGAAUUAUGGUUAUGUAUGAAUUUGUGUUGAUUUCUUUUGGAUUUGAUGUAUCUGCUCUGUACGCAGUUCUCUUGUAUUUUGUUACUAUAAUCUCUUUUGGUUUGGUUGCCUUUGAACGGUGCGUUUUACUGAAUAAAAAUGAAAAUUUCUU